UCAGAAAUGACCUUCGUCUACUGAAUCUCCAAAGGCGAACACUGAUGGCGGGUAACCAAGAUGAUUUAAGCGGUUGUUCGUUUGAAGUUCACGGUAAAGUUCAAGGUGUAUUUUUUAGAAAGUAUGCGGCUGAGUUCGCCAAGGUUAAUGGUCUUGUCGGUUGGAUUAUGAAUACUGAAAGUGGUACUGUGGUAGGUGAAUUCGAAGGCCCAAGUGUAGGUUUCGAUGCAUUCAAACAUUGGCUUUGCAACAUUGGAAGUCCCAAAUCGCAAAUCGACAGGUGCCAGUUCAAGAACGAAAGAAGGAUAUCUCAAUUACAUUUCCAAAGUUUUAAUAUACGUCGCUAGCCAGAACAUAAUCUUUGGUUCUUAUUAGUCCAAUAACCAGCAACAUAUAAAAAUCAGCUAAUGACCAACAACUAGACAUGCGUACAAAUUUUGAUGAAUUUAAUUCCGCUUUAUCGGUUACUUGGUUAGGCUGUAUACAUAGCAAAGGCUCUUGUAAAUACCAUUUUUUUGUACUCUGCGGGAUCAGUAAAAAUCAAUCUUUUGAAUACAGAGGAAGAUGGUAUACGACUAUGGAUGACUGAGAAACAUUAGGCAACAACGUAGCACAGUAAUAGUUUCCUCAUAAUCGUAGUUCAUACUGAUAAAGGGACAAGAAAAAAGACUCACACUAAUGGGAACGAUUGUCAGAAAACCUGUCAAUAAAGGCGAGGACUGGGAGGGGGGAUGAAGCAUUUUGGGGUUUAGAGUUUAAUUGCUUUACCGUUCACAAGCAACCAAUAAGGGGGGAAUAAAUGGUAGCUCAAGGGAAUUAAGAGAGACGACAGUAAGUACUGUGGUUCCUCGAAUUUGUAACAAUUUGUCAUUCUUACUAUCCCAGUCAUGUCAUCUCACAGCUAUUUCGAACAACGAAGCCGAGAGUCCAGUCCACCUGCUUAAUAAUGGGGUUCUACAGUUGUGAGGUCCAGACAAUGUCUUUCAUUGAGUAUCGUCUGGAUACGAUGUUCCCAACCUAAUCGCUCUAUGCAACUGACCCAUACCUGUCAGCGGGUACGAAUCAUUUGACUGAACAGACUAUUUUCGAACCAUAUUUGUUAUAUCCGAAGAAUAAGUAGAUAACUGCCAGGAAUUAUGUAUAGACUAUUAUUACAUAUGUCCCUACUGGGUAACUACUAAGUAACUAGAUUAUAUGUGUAUUCGUAUUCCUUUUAUCGUAAGCUUUCAUUUGACUUAUUGGCUACUGUUAUACGAUCUACAACUUAAUUUAUCCCCGGUCUAUUAGUUACAGUUUCAUAUACUCACAUCUACAUUUGACUUGAUCUUGUAUAAUUGUUAUUUUUCAUUUUAUGGUGUGGUGCAGUCUGGUAUGCUUGUAUAUAAACUACGCUUGUCUGGAUUAUACGAUUCAUAUACCAGAGGUUAAUAUUUGUGUUCUGGACUGAACGGGGUAGAUUGGGCGAGAAGCCACUACAAAGAGAACCAAUAAUACUCAGAGUUGGCUCAAGGCUGCACGGGGACAAGGUCAUACAAGUCGGUGUUCUGAUUGGCGGAUUUGUCAAAUGAUAAUUGACGGGCAUAAGUCAUAACAAUGUUAAUCGUGUUUGACAUGAUAUCUACAUCUCCGUUCAUAAUUAAAGAAGCUAUUAAGUGUUGUUACUGAUAUUUUAUUAAACAUAAAGCAAUGAUUGGUCGUUUUGCGAAUAUUCAUAACAUAUCUGGGAAACCUUGUAAUUUAUAUUUACAUUAGACUAACCAUUAAACGUUACGAUGAAAGGUUAGAAUCACCAGGCAAACUAUUGCCUCAUCGCUUGUAAGUACAAAAAUCUCGACAUUUUGGUUCAUCAUCGUAAUAUGUAUGUUUAUCAAUAGGGAAUCCUAAUCAGCAAAAUGAAAAGACAUUAUCUAGACCUCGCUACUAUAGAACCCCAUUAUUAAGCAGGUUAACUGGAUUCUCGGCUUUGCUGUUCAAAAUAGGUAUAUGAAACAAAACGAUUAAGGUAAUAAAAAUGAGAAAUUGUCACAGAGUUUAGGGAACUACGGUAUCUGUUGGACGUUUAAAGCACUUCUUGAUUGAUCGUAAAAGCAAACGUUUAGACAGUGAGUUGGUCAAAUUUCAAACUCUUAUUACUCCUUGCGUUGCUCGCCCUCUUAAUAUUGGUUUUUCUGUUGGUCGUUAUUGUUGUGACCCCUUCUGAUAGUUGUUCUUACUAAUGUGCACUCUUUUGAUCGAGCCCUCGUGAAUGGAUAUUGACUGUUGUACUAAAUAAUAUGUUUCCUAGUCUCAAAGUAAUCUAUGUAUCCCAGAAUGAUCUAUAAUAUGGCUCAUGAAACUCAUUACUCCGUGAUGAUGCUUUCUUAUGAUCUCACUGCUUACAACUAAAGUGGUCUAUUCUUGUACCUAAGUCCUGGAAAUAGCAUGUAAUACGUACAAACGAGCUACCGCUUACCAAUUCAAUUAAAUACAAUAACUAGUCAGCACGUUUACGAAUACAACUAGAUUAAUUUCUAGCCAUCAGGUUGUAUAUCAGUACGCAACUCACGAAAAGAAAGGAUUGUUUCAAAAAGCUCACAUGUAAAUGAAUUAGGUGCUGAUUGUGCCAUUCAGAAUGAUAAUGAAGGCUUCGCAACUAAAUUGUCUAGCUCAAGGGACACAACUCCAAAAGUAUUAAACUUAGCUGUAAACCACCGUUCUAACAUAUGUAACUAAUAUGAAAUAAUUAAUGGUUUGUGUAGAAGUUAUAGUUCGUUGCAGUGGCUUGGUUUCAUCACCAGUUCGGAUUUAAACUAUCCAUUAAAAAUUGUUAAUGGUAAAGGUCUUUAGAACAAAACUAUAUUUUAAACUGACAGAUAAUUCCCAUUUAAACAUUAACAAUUAAAAACACGAAGUUCAGCGAAGGGAUCUCUUUUCAACGAAUUUAUUAUCAAGCUGUACAAUCGUAUAUGAAAGUUUUCUGUUAAAGUACUAAUUCUGUGAGGAAAUGUGAACACUAAUAAGAUGGCGUAAUAGAAAUAUUAUAAUACCAGAUUACGUAAUA